AUGGAGAGAACAUGCUAUUACUUUCCUAUAGGACUUUUAUUAGCCACUUCUCUGUUAGCCGUGGGCACAGGCGAUAUCAUAACUGAUAAAUCUGCCCUUGUAACUUUAAGAGACCACAUGGUUUCUAAUCGUCACUUAAUCUUGGCAAAAAAUUGGUCCAUUUCUUCUUCUGUUUGUGAUUGGAUUGGAGUUACAUGUGACUCUAGUCGUCAAGGAGUGGUGGCCUUAAAUAUUUCUAACAUGGGUUUUGCAGGCACAAUUCCUCCACAACUGGGAAACCUCUCAUUCCUUGUUUCUCUCGACAUGAGCAACAACAAUUUUCAUGGUCAUUUGCCAGAAGGAAUGUCUCAUUUGCGUCGACUAAGUUUCAUGGCUCUAAGCAACAACAAUCUCACGGGAGAAAUUCCAUCAUGGUUGGGUGUCUUGGAUAGACUUCAGUACCUAUCCUUGACAGAGAAUAAUUUUUUGGGUGAUCUUCCUGCUAACAUAUGCGACAAUCUUCCAAAUCUAAAAGAGCUCGAUCUAUCUUGGAAUCAAUUGAGUGGCCAGAUACUAUCAGGUUUAUCAAACUGCUCCGGACUCAAGUCGUUAGAUUUGUCAGCCAACCAGUUCAAUGGUUACGUACCAAAAGCGGUGGGGAACCUGAAAAUGCUUGAGGAGCUACAUCUCGAUUAUAACAAUUUAGAAGGUAGCAUUCCGGAAGUGAUGGGCAAUCUCCAGAGCUUGAGGGUCUUGUCCAUAGAAGGAUGCAAUUUGAGUGGAUCAAUACCCGGGGAAAUUGGAAACCUAACUAUGCUGGAAGGAGUAGAUUUUUCUAACAACAGCCUUACAGAUUCGAUUCCAAACGAGAUUGGCAACUUGCUCAAAUUGGCGAUCCUUGGCUUGGGUGAGAAUAGUUUAAGUGGUUCGAUAUCGGUUGGGAUCUUCAACAUGUCAACUCUGAGGAUGCUCGACCUUGCCGACAAUCAUUUAUCAGGGGUUCUUCCAUCAAAUAUGUGCCAUGGCCUACACAAUUUAGAAUACAUUGAUCUUGGUGGGAAUAACUUCAGCGGAGCCAUACCCGCCUCUAUCUCAAACUGUUCGAAACUAACUGGAAUAAAUCUUGAUGGUAACAAGUUCAGCGGUCCAAUUCCCAAUUCCAUUGGAAAUUUGAGACGUCUUGAAGUUCUAAAUCUGUUUGCUAACAAUUUGACGAGUGAAUCUUCAUCUCCAGAAUUGGGCCUCUUCACUUUCCUCACAGGUUGCAUCUCUUUAAGGGAAAUCUGGGUGGGAGACAAUCCGUUAAAUGGGGUUCUUCCGCGAUCCAUCGGGAAUCUUUCUAUUUCUGUUGAACGGUUGGAUGUACGGAACAGUGGACUCAGGGGGAACAUUCCAGACAGCAUUGGAAACUUGAGCAAUUUAGCUUUUUUAGUUCUAUGUGACAAUUGUUGGACUGGAUCAAUUCCAACAACACUAUGGGGUUUGCAAAAGCUUCAGGAUUUGGAUCUUAGCAACAUUUCCCUCACUGGUCCGCUCUCUCGUGGUCUCUGUGGAUUGCAGAGUUUGGAGUAUUUAGGCCUAAGUCAAAAUCAGAUUAGCGGUUCAAUUCCAGGAUGUUUCCAUAAUCUUACAUCUUUGUGGUAUCUUGACAUAGCUUUCAAUAGAUUAACCUCUACUCUGCCGAUGCGCUUGUGGGAUCUUAAAGGUCUUGUGUAUGUCAACUUGACAUCGAAUUUAUUGAGAGGACCUUUGGCUCCAGAAAUGGGAGAGUUAAAGGAUUUGACAAAGUUAGACUUGUCAAACAAUCAGUUUUCAGGCAAAAUCCCAAGCACCAUUUGGAGUUUAGAGAAUUUGGACCACCUUUCUUUAGCAAACAACAGCUUGCAAGGAUCAAUUCCGGACAACCUUUGA